GAAUAGGCCAAUUGAAGUUUUGGAAGUAUUGAAGAGCCCUAGAGACAGGAAUAGGUGAAGCAGAAGCAUGGAGGAGGGGAAUGAAGGAGGUGGAAACAAGAUGAAUGGGAGAUCUCCGCCACCAGGACCAAUGGAAGAACAACCUCACUGUGAGGCCACCAGGACCAAUGGAAGAACAACCUCACUGUGAGGAUGAAGACCGUAUCCGCGUGCUGCUAGCCCUUUGUUACGAUGACGGGGUGUACCCCACGGACCUAGACCCAGGAGAAAUGACAACAGAGGGGAGGGAAGUAACGUUCACGCUGAAUACAUCGCUCGACACUAUCAAGGUGAGAUGGUUGAAGGAAAUAACCGUGUCAGUUAUCUUCAAAGAUAACGCACGAUUCCUUCCAAGGAAAGUCAAAGAUGAUACCAUCAGAGCUUUUGAGAACGGUUGGAUAAUCGGGACCGAGCGGUUUGCUGCGAAAUCAAGGAGGGGCAGAGUUAAGAUUGAAGGCCCUAACGCCUUAUCGUAUGUGGCAAAGUCAAGACAAGUGGCGGAGUUUAUGAUAAAAGAGGGAGGAGUGGACAUUCCAUUAGGAACAAAGAUAUAUAAGGUGUUAUUUAAGCCUUGGAUGACAAGAGCGGAGUUUAGAGACCUGAGGCGACAGGAAUACGAAAGAACCUUUUGGGUGGUGGCAGUGCAGAUUCCAUUAGAUGACAUGCCCUUCAUAUACGCACAAGUGGAGAAGGCGAUCGGCCGGAUUAUUCAAGCAUAUCCACCGGAUGCGGAUCCGCAGAGACCAGCACUGGUGAACACAAAGUUUGACAUUGAUCCUGAAGCGAGAGGGAACAUGAAAGACAAGAUAUGCAUCAAGACAUCGACGGAGGACCUGAUAGAAGUCAAGUUGGCGUGCUCAACAACGACGAAGUGCCGUGGUGCAGACAAUUCUUUCAGGAAGAAGCGGACUGUAGAAGAAACUACAGUCAACAGAAUGGAGAAGGAGGGAACGCCAACCAAUCAAAUCAGCAAAAUCCAACACAGUCGGGGACAAGAGGAGGACAAGCGAGACCAGGAAGAUCACAAUACCAAGGACCCCUCAGUCCACAAUCAUUACUUAGCCAGUUGAGCGAUGGAGGAGGUAACCGGGGAUACCAAAGGGUGAGAGACUGGGUCACAACCGUCUGGGAUCGGUGGACUAGGAUAAAAGAGCAAUUUGAUU